AUGCUAUUUGAUUUGAAUGUGCCGUGGCCUAGUAAUAGCUACGCCACUAAGCCAACGCCCCAGCAAAUUACAACUCUCCUUAAUACCAUCACUACCUUAUGUACCUUGGGUUAUACGCACAUCGCUAUAAAUUUUACAUUAAGUGAAAAUGUUAGAUUCCCUAAUAACCAACAGGAAAUGAACCCAAUCCAAAUAAAAAUGAUAAAAGAACAUUUUAAGGACUCGUUUCCAAAACUUAAAUUGUUCACACGAUUGACAAUAGUGAUCAACGACCCGUCACAAUGUCAAGGACUUUCGAAAGUACAGAAUUCGUUUGACUUAAUAGCAGUACAACCAACAAGUGAAAAAGGAUUACAAUUGGCAACAACAAAUCUCGAUAUUGAUUUGAUUUCUUUCAAUAUGGCUAGCAAAUUGCCGUUUUUUUUGAAACAUAAGACAAUUGGAAGUGCGUUAGAGAAGGGUAUAAAAUUUGAAAUUUGCUAUUCACCUAUGAUCUCAGGACCAGCAGGAUACUCGAUUCAAACAGCAAAUGACAAUAUGAGUUUAUCUAAAACAGCCAUGUUGGUGAGAAAGUACUUUUUCAGCAAUGUUUUGCAAUUAAUCCGAGCAUCUAGAUCAAAAGGUUUGAUUGUUUCCAGUGGUGCAACACAGGCAUUGCAAGUACGUAAUCUGUCCGAUAUAUUAAUCUUAUUAAAGACUGUUGGUUUGGAUAAUAGUAGGGCGAAGAGCUGUGUUACUGAUAAUCCAGAAAAAGUUUUGGUCAACGGAAGAUUGAAGAUCAAAUCGUAUAAGCAAACUAUUGCAGUUGACAAUGAUAAUAGCAAGGGUGAUGUUUUGUAUAAUAACGAUAAGGAAGAUGGUGCUAAGAAAACAGAUAGCGCUGGAUACAAGAAGAAGUUGAGCGAUAGCUCUGGCGGUAGUUUGCUAAAGAAACAAAGGAUCAAAUAA